CAGAUUUAAUUCGAUGAGUUUUAAGUGCAGUUGUAUUUAUUUUUUAGCAUUAUAUGAUAUACAAAAAGACCAUACUAUUAAUAAAAUAAAUAACAACACCUCCACAGAGCUUCUCCACAUGGCGGCAGUACGCAGAAGCAGAGCUGCGGGAGAGCCAGUGAGAUGACUGGGGGAAGAAGAGCGGCGCACACAAUGCACUGCUCGGGUUGACAAGGGUUGUGUCUCCCUGAUUUUCUCCAUAAAUUUUUCCAAUUCAGUGGAAACUUGUGACGGGGCAGAAGCAGCAGCGGGGCCGUCCUGCUCUGGAUUUUAGUGAGAAUAAAGAAACCCUUUUUGACCGGAAACGUCUCCCCCCCACACCCUUACCUUAAAUCCUAAACAUUGGAUUACAACCGGCGGAGGCUGCAUGAAAGAGCUGCCCAGCCCGACGGGGGCUCGGCCGACACCCUCGUUUGUGGAACUCGACACCGAGGCUUUGAUACUUGGGCCUUGAUUUUCUUUUUCUUCCUUUUUCACGAUGGAGGUGUAAAACGACAGAAAAGUCGCGUGUAAUAGGGUUAUAUUGUUAUUUUUUACGGACGAGUUUGUUCCUUCACACUGUAAGCUACCAGCUGGACUCGCCUCGCGCUAGCUAGCUUUAUGUCACGUCUCCUCUUUUGACGUGAAUUAAAAAACUAUCGGCCAUCAACACUCGAAGCUAACGAAGCUAACAGUUAGCAUCACUUAAAAACAAUUUUUUUGUACUCCUUUUUUCUGCUAUUUGGAAGUAAACUUACAGUAGCUGUCACCAAUGACACAUAGUGUUUAACGUAAAUACGGGAUAACGUCGUGUUAACGUCCGUUUAUCCGGGUUUAUGUGGCCCUUUUGCGAGCUAAACCCGAGCUAAAAGUGUCGGCGUGAGCAGAAAUUUUGGGGUAAUUUAACAUUUAACCCGCAAUAUUUUUGCGUGUUUUUUCUUUUAACAUUCAUCAAGAGGCGGUUUGAGACGUUUUUGUCCCGCAACACAACCUGGUGGUCUUUUUUAUUUUGUGUUUACAUGUGUUUUAACGUGUUUAUUUCUAGCUAACUAAGCGUGCGUUGUUCUUUCUCACCGGGACUCUCGGUGUCCUGACGUUUAACUCCCCGUGAGUCUCGUGGGGUGUUUUAAAUCCAAAAGUUUGCUUUCAGAUUCACUGAAAUGAAUCUUAAAUUCCGCCGAAAGAGAGGCGCUGGUGCCGGCAGACUGUUGUUAGAGGACAGUAAAUAAGAGCCACUGGUUUCCCCUUUUUAACGCCAUUUUAACGGGAGCUCCCUGCGAGGGCCUGUGUGGUGGUGUUUUUAUUUGUGUGGGGUGGGGGGGGGGCGGUGGGGGAGACUUGAAUAUUAAAAAAGUGCCUUUUGGUCUCACUGGAGUGGCACACAAAAAAGGAGACUCAGUCUGACACAUGGAGGUCCCGAGCCGGAGCGCUGGGUUCCGGCAGAGCCGACGGUCUCGGUCGCAGCGCGACAGGGACCGGCGGCGCAGGAGGCGAGUGGACCCGGCCGAGCAGCGGGCCACGUCCCUGUCCUCGGGCUCCGAUCGGGAGGCGCGUGGGACCGACAACGUGCUGGGUCCCGCCGGUACCGGGGGAAGAGACUGCCGCCGGCGGCCGGGUUUCGGGAGACACAGGCCUCCGCGCCGGAGGAAGAGGGAGUCUGUGUCCUGCGAGGAGGACAUCAUCGAUGGCUUCGCUAUCGCGAGCUUUGUCAGCUUGGAGGCACUGGAGAUGGACUGCUCUCUGAAGCCCAGUCAGCGCACUGACAUGCUGGGAAGGAGGAAAAAGGGGAAGCGGGGGCCGGAGGAGAACGGCAGAGGGCCGCUGUCGGAGCCUGAGGAAGGAGCCCCGCACAGCUACUCCAGCAACUGUUGGAACAAGAGUAAAAAUAAGAGAAGAAAGAUCGAGGGACACCCUUUGGAGACUGGAUAUAUUUGUGACACUGAGAGUGAUACAGGAGACAAGGCCUCCGACAACGACAUGGACCCAGUCUUCACAGUCAGUACGAGGAAAGUCGUGGAGCCCGCCCCCUCAAACAUGGGCACAACCAUCGGAAAAAUCUGCCCGCCUCUCCCGGCCCGUUGCGGCGGCGUCUCCCGGUUGAUGGUGACUCCUCGAGUGUCCGGCCUCGAGCGAAGUCAGGAACAAAACUUGGAGCAGCAUUUCCCGGAGCCCGUUUCUUCUUCUACCUCUUCUGCCCCCUUCUCCUGCCUUCCUCCCCCGGUCACGGUCACGGCCGCGGGCACGGUGCCACGCUCCAGCCCGUUAAACGGCAACGGCAGCCGCCACAACGGCAGCCCGCCGCUCUCCAAACCCAAACCCUUCCUCACUUUGACAGGACGAGCUCACUCCAUCAACAACAUCAACAGGAGCAACACGGCGGUCAAGCCUCCCUCAUCGGCUUCAUCGGUUGCGUCUUCCUCAUCCUCCAUGCGUCCCCCGACUCCCUCCACCAGUGUGUCGCUGCCCUACUUCAGGGGCUCGGGACCCUCAGGACCCCUCCGACCCCCAUCCCGAGCCAGCGCUGGGGCCUUGUUCUCAUCCUCACCUGGCCUUCCUCCUCCUCCCCCUCUGCUGCAAGGCGCCGGCCACUCGACCGCAGCAGACCAAGAAUUACUGCGUCAGAACUUAAACUCCCACUUCUUGAAUUCACAAGACCGCGACGGCAGACGCAGUGUCCCGGGGGCUGAAAACAACGAGGCGGCCGCGGGGAGCUCCACUCCAGGUGGUCAGUCGGCAUCGAACUCCGGACCGGGUUCGUCGGGCCGGGCGUCUCAGAACCAGACCAGCAUCCCGCCUAUGGCCUUCCAGUUCCAUCAGCACAACCACCAGCACCAGCACACGCACACGCACCAACACUUCACGCCCUUCCUGCACCCCACAGCGACCGCACCGCCUCUGUUUGAUAAGUAUGCAGGCAAAAUGGACGGGCUGUACCGACACCCUUUCUUCCCAGAGUACCCGCCACCCUCAGUGCCGAGUAUCCAGCCUGUGAUUCCUCCCACUGGGCCGUUCAGCUCUUUGCAAGGAGCAUUUCAGCCAAAGGGAGCGGGUUCUGAUAUAUCCUCCCGACUCGGGGUUGUGCCUCACCACCUGCAGCCCAAAGACCCCAGGCUAAUUAACCCAUUUGGGACAUCGUUGAAAAUCAAUAAUAAACCAGGAAAGUGGUGUGCUAUGCAUGUGUAUGUGGCCUGGAUGAUUCUGAGCCAUCAGAAAAAAGUAAAGCUGAUGCGCGCUGAUCCUCACAAGUUGGACUUCAGUAGCGACCUACUCGCACAUCUUCCUGGAGCCGGAGGACUGGGCCCCAUGGGGCCCAUGGGAGAAGCCAUGCCUCCCACUCAUGAUCUGACCCGACCUCCCAGUCUGUUCUCAGCUGCAGGGGCAGUCAAUCCGUCUUCCGCUCCUUUCAUCUCUCCAUCAACGCCGCACUCCUCUUUCCUCCCACCAACUGCACACUUGGAUCCGUAUGGCCGAUCCCCACCCUUCACCCCACUGGGAGCCCUUGGUUCUGGUGCCUUUGGCGGACUUGGCAGCCCAACACUGGAUUCUCCAGCCGGCGUGGUCGAAGGCCUGUCCAACCCCAACCACCAUGACCCGUGGAACCGUCUGCAUGGCGGGCCGUCGGGCUUCGCCCCCGGGCCCAGCUGGACCAAAGGGCCGGACGAGAGGGACCGAGCGAAGGACAUGGAAAGGAGAGACGGCCCCCACAUCAAGGAUGAGAAGGACAGAGACAAUAUGCUCUAUGGCCGACAACCUGUGAGAAUGUCUCCAGUUGCCUCCACCUUCAAGCCCCGCAGUAGCACCCCGUCAUCAACCCACAUCAACGGCCACAGCAGCAGCAGCACCCACGGGGGCGGAGCCGGGCCGAUUGAGGACCUGACGCGCAGCUCAAGCAGAGACCGAGACCGCGAGCGAGACCGGGACGGGGACAAGAGGCCGCAGCAAACGGUGUCUUCGCGUGGACCUCCUUCCUCUUUAGUAGCUGACCGGGACAGGCCGCGGUCUUCCUCGUCCUCUGUGCUCAACACGCCGCCGCCCUCCAACCGCUCAGCCCCGUCCCCCAUGGAGCUUUACCCGCGUCCGAUGGGCCAGGGGUCACACGGCCUCCACAACGAACCCCAGCACUCCCAAAGAGACGGUAACCACCCUUCUUCCUCCACGGCGUCUGUCUCCGUCACUUCUUUGUCUCAGGCCAAGAAGUCUGACCGGACCACCACGCCCGUCUCCAAGCCGCCGAUGCUCCUCCCGCCGGUUAAAGUCAAAGAGGAGCGGAAAGAGGAGCCGGAGCACAUACCCAUCACGCUGCCUCCGCCUGCACCCAAUCACAGCUUUGAGCGUCCCAACAGCCAUCCUCACCACCAUCGGUCCGGCACCCCUUCCUCUUCCUCUCUAUCACUGACUCCCACUCCCGGCGUUCCCCUCAUACCUCCCAAUCCUAACCCUCACCCUCCUUCACACCAACAUCUCACACUGCUGGACCGCUCCAGGGCCAUAGAUGCGUAUCUGGGCACGGGUGCGGGGGGUUUGAUGAUGGGUCCAGGGGGAGAGCGCUUCCACCACGGUCCUGGACAAGGACCGUCACAGGGUCCACACAGCUUCACCUGGGACCCCUGGAGGGAGCUGGCGGCUCAGCAGCAACAUCAGCACCGCAGGGAGGCGAUGGCACUUCGAGCAGACCCCCACUUAGCCCUGCGAACCGAUCCGCAUCUGGCCCGACUGCUCCAGCAUCAGCGCCUCAUGGAGGCGGACAGGGCCGCGGCCAUCGCGGCCGCCAACCCUCACCACCCUUCGGUAUCUACCUCUUCUGCCCGCCAGGAGUUCGGCCUCAUGGCCCACCACUUCGAACGCCCUCCUCACCUCGGACACCCGGGAGGAGGGCUCAUCGACGAGGAGCAGCGCGCCCAGAUCCUGAGGGAAGACUUUGAGCGCGCGCGCUACUACGGGAUGCACCCGCACAUCCCCCACGGCGCGCACCUCUCGAACCCCUCUCACGCUGCUACUGCCGCUCACCUGGAGCAGCUCCACCCCGGCCUUCUCUCCCACUCGCUCCACCACGGACCCCCCCCUGCCGCCCAGCACCACGCUGGCCUCUUCGCCCGUCUAGGCCAGCUGAAUCCGCACCACGUGCCCAACGGCAUCCUGGCAAAGACCCCCUCGGGGCUGGUGGGAGCCUUGGCGGUGGGGGCGCCACCUCCGCUCAUUCCGUCCAUCACCAGCCGGUCGUCUACGCCUCCACGGAGACUCGGAGGCCCGGGCGACCUGGAGAUGUACAGCGCCCACAAAGACGGAGAGUCCAGAUAGUACAGGGACCACACUGGAGGAGAUUAAGGGAAAUGUCAGGAUCACUGUGCUGCUCUCAACCUGCCCCCCCCUUUUCCUCUUGCAGACUACUAACCCCUGCCCUUCCAGUUACACAACCAAACCAGCUCCACCCCCCCGCAAACAAGAGUAACCAUGACUGGCUGGAGGUGAUGGAAGGGAGGCGAAUGCAAGACUCAUCAGUGUGACUUGGACUAUGCGCAAUGGUUCUUCUAUCAGUGCAAUUUAAAGGUACAUGGGUUCUGUGCAUCCUCGGUCUAUUUUUAUGUUAUACUGGCUGUUGGUUUCCACAGUCGCCCAGUUUCCAAAAAAGGUUGUAGGAAGAGACGAGGCCGAGGACGGCUUUCAUUUGUCCGGGGAGUUAAGAUCCAAGAAUUUUUUCCGGGUGGAUUGGAAAAUGCCUUCCAGAGGGACGUGCACACGUCAGGGUUUUUUGGCCUCAGCUCGAUUAUUCACUCAUGGGAUAUUAUCAUGAAGCCUUCCUUUGACAUAAAUCAACCCUGAUUAGGUAUUGCAGAUGAGGGUCUUUUUUGUUUUGUUUUUUUGGUCAUCGUGGAAAAAGACAUAUUACCGAUGAGACCGUUGCACCUCAGUUUCCCGCUUCACCCAAAAGUCGACUCCUCCUCAGCUUCACUGAUCAUGAGAUUCAACCUUCUUGUUCUUUUCGCUCGUUUUGUUUCCGUUUCCAUUGUCAAAGGAUGAAUGGGUGAAAUGAACUGUGCUACACUGUGAGUGAACACAGUAUUUGAGAGCUUCCUGUAACUGUUUCCCCACUCUCCUCUUGACUAUAUGAGCAGGACCAGAUUAUAGUAGUCUAGAGAAAUUGCCUUUGUAAUUAUUAUUCUCAACAUUAAUUAUCUUCUAUAAUAAAUAUAUUCACUGUUAUGUUAUUUGUAUUUGUUUCGGGUAUCAACCAGUACUCUUUCCCCCCCCCCAGGUAGUAGUCUGUUUCAAAUCAUGCAGAAGGCGUCGCAGAAAACUGUCAAAGUGCUUGUGAACAUUUCAGCCUCUUCAAGGAUCUCAUCUACGACUUUAUUACGCUGAGAGGGAUGUUUGCCUGUGUGUCUUUGGUUGUGUGUUCUAUCCAUAUGGGACUGUGGGAGCCUUGUACAUUGAACUGUUGAGUUGUUUCAUCAAUAAAAGUAAGUUAUAUACAUGGAUAAAUGGGACAUCUGCUGAAGAACGGAGGGAAAAAAAUAUAAGGACUUGUGUCAGAAGACAACUAGACAGUGGGUAUCCUGAGAGGGAAAAGACUGGGUCGAUUAUUUUAAUAUGACCAUUUUAUACCUUUCAAACCCCUCCCCUAGAGACCACAAAGAUUAAUUAUUAAAUGAAUUGUUGUUUA